GUAAUGAUAGAAAUGCUGCCCUUUGCAGCUUUUUUACGCAUGAAUGCAUCUUCAACAAAUAAUAGUUUGUAGCGCAUUACAAUGCCGCGUGGAGGCCGUAACUCGCGCAGCUCCAACCCUGCAUCUGAAGCUGAGAGUCAAGGCAAUGAGGGUGGACGUAGUGAACUUGAUCCCGCCACCUCAUCGCCAGGUAGGGACCUGCCGCCGUUCGAGGACGAGCAGGACAUUAUCGAUGGAGGUGGAGGUGACGAAGAUGGGGUUGAGGAAGAAGAAGAAGAUGGAGAGGAUCUCUUCGGCGACGAUAUGGCUAAUGACUACCGUGCUAUACCUGAGCUCGAUCGUUAUGAUGAACGUGUGCUCGAUGACAAUUCGGAACUUAGCACCCUCUCAGAAAGCGACCGUCGUGCAGCAGAAGAAGAGAUGCGUCGAAGAGAUCGGGCUGAAGGCAGGACAGCUACUGGACGAUUGCCCAGGGGACUAGAAAUGUUCGCCGAUGAAAGUAGCGAACUAGAUGAUCGUCCGACUCGACGUCGUCGUCUCGCUGAACGAGCUGCCGCUGGAGAAGAAGAUGACGGCAUGGAUGAUAUGGUUGAAUCAAUUGAGAAUUUGGAAGAUAUGAAGGGCCACACUGUUAAGGAAUGGGUAACUCAGUUGGGUCCCAAGACUGAGAUCUUCAAUCGUUUCAAAAACUUCCUUCGUACCCACGUUGAUGACAAGGGCCACAAUACAUAUAAAGAAAAGAUUCGUGCCAUGUGCGAGCAAAAUCGCAUGAGCCUCGAGGUUGACUACAAUACUUUGGCUCAAUCGGAACAGGUACUAGCAUUCUUUCUUCCAGAAGCUCCGGCCGAGGUACUCCCUAUUUUUGAUGAAGCGGCGAAGGACAUUGUCGUUGGUAUGUUCCCUCAUUAUGGCCGCAUUCACCAUGAAAUCCGUGUGCGUAUAACCGACUUGCCAAUUCUUGAAGAAAUUCGAACACUUCGUAAAAUUCAUAUCGACCAGCUAAUUCGCACUUCAGGCGUCGUGACCUCGACAACUGGCGUCCUACCACAGCUGCGUAUGGUAAAAUAUGACUGCGUCAAAUGUAAAUAUAUCCUCGGUCCUUUUGUUCAAUCACAAAAUCUCGAAGUGAAGCCAAGCUCCUGCCCAGAGUGUCAAAGCACGGGACCAUUUUCUGUUAACGUGGCGCAGACCAUUUUCCAGGACUACCAGCGUGUCACAAUUCAGGAGUCGCCUGGAAAGGUCAAUGCUGGCCGUCUUCCGCGCUCCAAAGAUGCUAUUUUGCUCAACGACCUCUGCGAUUCCUGUAAACCUGGUGAUGAAAUUGAAAUCACAGGAAUUUAUAGCAAUAAAUUUGAAGGAUCACUAAACAAAGCGAAUGGAUUUCCUGUGUUUGCCACGGUGAUUAUUGCCAACCACAUUUUAAAAAAAGAUGAGAAGGCUGCAGGCAGGUAUCUGACCGAUGAAGAUGUCAAGGAAGUUGUAAAACUUUCGAAGGAGGAGAACUUGGCUGAGCGCAUUAUAGCUUCGAUCGGUCCAUCAAUUUAUGGCCACGAUGAUAUCAAGCGUGCCAUCGCCUUGUCACUUUUCGGUGGUGUAUCUAAGAAUCCCGGACAGAAACACCGAAUUAGGGGAGACAUUAAUGUGCUGCUUUGCGGUGAUCCUGGAACGGCAAAAUCCCAGUUCCUAAAAUACGUCCAACAAAUCGCUCCACGUGCUGUCUACACCACCGGACAGGGGGCCACUGCUGUCGGUCUUACAGCGUAUGUCAAGAGGAGCCCGGUGACUCGCGACUGGACUCUUGAAGCUGGUGCCCUUGUGUUGGCAGAUAAAGGUGUGUGUCUGAUUGACGAGUUCGACAAAAUGAACGAUGCCGACAGAACAUCGAUUCAUGAAGCGAUGGAACAACAAACUAUCUCUAUUGCUAAGGCUGGAAUUGUCACUUCACUUAGGGCACGUUGCACUAUUAUAGCCGCCGCUAACCCUAUCGGAGGUCGCUACGAUCCAUCGAUGACAUUCCACCAGAACGUCAAUUUAUCCGACCCAAUUUUGUCACGUUUUGACGUGCUGUGCGUCGUGCGAGACACUGUCGAUCCUAUUGAGGACGAAAGACUGGCACGGUUUGUCGUUGAUUCUCACUCCAGACAUCAUCCGCUAGCAACUGCAGAUGACAAACAAGUAAAACCAGCUCAGCAAAUGUACGAGAGCAUCAGUCAGGAUCUUCUGCAGAAAUACAUUCUUUAUGCCAGGGAAAAAAUUGAACCAAAGCUUCACUUGAUGGACCAGGACAAGAUAUCCCAGCUGUACUCCGAUCUGCGUCGCGAAUCAAUGGCGACUGGCUCUAUGCCAAUUACGAUCCGUCAUUUGGAGUCGAUUAUUCGUUUGGCCGAGUCCCACGCCCGAAUGCAUCUCCGUGAACAUGUCAAUGAAGACGAUGUCAAUACAGCAAUUCGGGUUAUGCUUGAUAGUUUUGUGUCGACGCAAAAAUUCUCCGUUAUGCGACAGAUGACCAAAACAUUUUCGUCCUAUCUGACCUACAAGAAAGACAACAACGAGCUGCUCCUGUUCAUUAUGAAACAGCUCAUUCAGGAGGAAUUAGCGUUCCAGCGAAGUCGGCUGGAUGUGGAGCCCGAGCAGGUGUCUGUGAACGCUGACGCUCUCAAACGUGAGGCUGCCCGAAUCAAUAUCACCAAUCUCAUUCCUUUUUACAAAAGUGAACUGUUCGCAUCGCACAAUUUCCAAUAUGACCGAAAGACUAACAACAUCACGUUAACCUUCUGAGAUGAAUAUAUAUAUAUGCGUCUGCAAUUCUACAACAAUAAACAUCGACGAGUGGAAAUAUUCUAAAACAAAGAUACGUUUUAGAAAUAU